GGGUAAACAGAGGUGUGUGGGAUUGGCCUUUUACACUGAGAACAUGUUGGUGUUUGGGGCAGGCUACACAGCGAAGGGAACAAGGAUGGUAUCUGCAACCAGACCCCUGAGGUCCAAAGAGAGGUUCCUGAAGCUGGGAAUGUUCACCCUGGAGAAGAGCAGGGCAAAUCUCAGGACAAUGUCGGAAUACGAGGUGUAUGAGAAGAAGUUCAAGGACGCCACGCUGCCGCACUUUGCCAGCGGGAUCUCCUCCUUUUUGAGUUUUGCGGAAUUGGCGUCAGUGGCUGGGAACAAGGAACUGGACGAUCCAGAGUGCAGGAUGAUGAAGCUGGAGAUUGAGUCAUGCUACGAUGAGCUGGGCAGGGCCAGGACCGGGGGGCAGCAGGUGAUCGAGUCACUGACUGCCCAAGGCAUGCUGUUGGCAGCGAACCUGGAGAUUGCUGAACAAGAGAGAACCAAGCUGGAGGAGGAGCUGUGGAUUGAGAAGGACAAGCUGAUAACAGAGGAGAGCCGUAGGCAAGAGAUCCGAGACAAGCUCCAGACUGCACGCUCGUCCCUCAAACAAGCUAAGAACACCUUGAUUGCAGCCAAGGCCAGGCAGGGUGAGAAGGUGACUGGUAGAGAUGUUGGAAUUGGUCUGAUUCUCCUAGUGCCAUGUGUGGGAAUCCCAAUGACGGUGGACUGCAGCAAGGAGCUGAAGAAGACAAGGGAGCUGGUAAAUUUGACCGACAAAAAGGGGCAGGAAUUUGAGGCCAGCAUUACCGAGCAGGAGACUGAGCUCAGAAAAUGCAACGAGCAGAUACCCAAGUUGAGCAAAGACAUCGCGAGGCUGAAGGAAAAACUGGCGCAGAAGGAGCGAGAUGUGGAGAACCUCAAGAAAGUCUGCGCAGGUCAGGCUGAGGUCAGGAGCAAGCUCAGGUACUGCUACAACUAUUUGGACAGCCUGCACGGGAGCGUGGAGGUCCUGCACAAGUCCAGCAAAUGCAUGUACAGCCUGGAGCCUCUCUGGUCUACUGUGCAGGAGAUCUUUAACACCAUCCUGCAGCAGAACUCUCACAACGAGCUGCUGAACUACGACCCCCAGGUCCAGGGGAUGAUCAAGAAGCUGAAAGUGCUUCAAAGCAACAUGAACCUGAAAUGAGACACGCAGACAGUUUGUUCGUUCAUUUGUUCGUUCAUUUCUUUCAUUUCUUUCAAUUGUUAAUCUGUUCGUUCCAUUCAUUUUGUUGCGGUUUGUUUUGUUUGUUGAACGUGGAAUCAUAUAUAGGGAUCUGUGCAUUGCCACUUGCCUUGGGACUAUGGGGACUAUCCCCACUUGGGUCUAGAUUUAAACUACUUUCACUACGAAACACAUUCGCUGCACUUUACUGUCAAUCCUGCGAUGCGCUUUGAGAUGUCCUGACAACAUAAAUGGGGCUGUACAAAAUACAAGGGUUAUAAUUAUUAUUACUAAUAAUAAAAAUGUCCCUCUCCCGAGCCUUACUUGGCUCGGAAAAUCUGAAA